AUGUCUUUUUUAUUGGUUACAAGUUUAUGGGACCCAACGAAAAACCUUCUCUCCAGGUAUGCUCAACUCAUCGAUGAGUACGACGAGGUGUUUGUGCAAAAGGCAGCAGCACAUGCAGAAAGGUUGGAAAGAGCAGCGGAAGUACUGAAGGACUCAUUCAAAGACACGAAACUCGAGGCAGAGAAUCCUUUGAAAGCCUCUCAUGCUUACGAACAAAUCGCCGAUGGUCUCAAGAAUGCCACUAAGGCCUCCAGUGAGGCUCUGGUAAGCAGCAUCACAUCCUCCCUGUCAAUUGCACAGAAAAAAUUCAACACAGCGGCAGAAGAAGCUUAUGCUGAAGCCGAUGGGGACGCCGAGAAUUCGUUGCUGAAACGGGUAGGCGAAUCGAAGAAUAAAAGUGAAACACUUGCUGGAGAAGCCGCUGCACAACGAAAGAAUUGGGAAGAUUUGGGAAUGGAGAAAGAGAGGCAGGGUAUCGAUGAGCGACUGAGCGCGGUGAAUGAGCAGAACAUCGACAUGACGAAGCGUAGUGACGCCAUCAAAAGUGAGCUCUUCACCUCUCAAGAGUGGUUCCCUCAAAAGAGCCACCAAUGGUCCAAAUUCGACGAUCACCACGAUCGGACUAUUGGGCUACAGUCAGUUGCUCGUGAUGCUGAUCAACGGGCUAAGCUGGCUAGGGAAUCCACGGAUGUGUUCGUCAAAGAAGCGAAAGAAGUUGCGGACCGCAUGAGCAAGCUGCUCAAUAGCACCGGUAAGGGUAUAAGAGAGGAAAUCGAGAAGGUCCGUCAGGCUCGUGUUGAACUCGAAAAGAACCGUAAGGCUCUCGAAGAAGUGGGCGGAAUCAGCGCAGAAAACCGAAACAGAGCGGACGAAAUGCAGAAGCAACUGGCCAUCCUGAAGGACAAAAUCAACGAAGCUCGUGAGAAAGCACAGCAAGUUCGUGCCACCUCCAGUCGACCGAUAAUCGAACUUCAAUGUUCAUCGAUUCGGGUAUCAUUGCGUUCGGACGAGCGUGGUAUCUGCCAGCGCUCUUUCAUCUCUCCGGCUCAUCCCUCUCCAUCGAACUCGUUCUCAAUUCGUUACCGUCCUUUACGAAAUGUUCCGGACAGCACUAUAUUCGUAACGAGAACGAAGCCACGAAGGACGCAACCCAGUGAAUUCAUUGCAAUCGAGAUCCGCGGUAAAAGGGUUGUAGCGCACUGGAACAUCGGCGGUGGAGCUCGAAUGGCCACCAACAGCCACUCGAUUCUGUUCAUUCCGAACACGGAUCGCGCUAACUGGUAUCACAUUGAUGUCGAUCGAAUUGGCAAUGCCCUCAACCUCACCGUCGCCCUCAAGGAAACUCUCACUGGAUCUUCUCCACGCCAUCGUACUGAUGCCAUCAGUGUCUUCGUUGGAGGUGGCGAAUGGGAUGGCGAUGUGGUGUUCAACACUAUACCCGGAGAAACGCAAAUUUCGAUGGGUACCGACGUCGCCAGUGCUGAAGAAAUGGGUCUAGCUACGAACAAGUUCUAUGGUGUCAUCGGAAGCUUGAUGGUAGACGGCAUCUUAGUACCGCUUUGGGCUUUCUCGAGCAACUCACCUGAAUGUGACGGAGCCACCUCACCACCACAACCAACCGUCCGUGGAUACAUGUUCCGUGAUGGCUUCGCUCAGAUUGAAAUGGCAACGUUCGAGCGAACAGUGUCAUCGGUUUCAGUGAUCUUCAACGCUUAUUCGCCUGAAGGUCUGCUGUACUUCAGGGGAUCUGAAACCAGUGGAGAUUUCUUCGUUUUGUAUCUGAAGGACGGCCAUGUCAUCUUCAAGAUUCAUCUCGGAGGCCAAUCUCAAGCUGAAAUCAAGUCAAAACACAACUAUGCAGAUGGUCGCGAGCAUACCGUGAAGGCUAUUCGCAGCGGCAACGAAAUUCACCUUCAGGUGGAUAGCGACGCAGACCGAUUCUCGACCACAAUCCCAGGCGAGAACACGGCUUUGAACAUCGAAUCCGAUUGGCAUUACGUGGCUGGAGUGCCAGCGUCGCUAAAGACCGACCUAUUCGAUCCAGACAUCAAAUGGAAACACUUUUUCGGCUGCAUUUUGAGUGUCAAACCAACCCAGACUUCGGACUUGGAUUUGGACCAUCCAGUUCGCUGGCUGCGGCGCGAACCAGGUUGUCACUUCUCAGCUGCCAAGUUGGUACCUACUGACCGAAUAGUUGGAUUCUCACGGCCAGGAUUCCUUCUCCAAAAAGGAGUUAUUAUGGAUAACAACUCAAGUUUUGCAUUCGGAUUCCGUACAAAGGAAGAGAACGGCACGCUCAUAUUCCAGUCGUCGAAGCUGUCGGCUUUCCGAAGAAGGCAACGGGAUAGUGAUGGGAUGGCGAAUGGCAAAGGAUAUAUGGCGUUCUAUUUGUUCCGAGGUUACCUCGUUCUUCACUUUGGAAAGUGUAUCGAGGAGUUCCGUGUUAAGGAUGCCUCAUCCCGUAAAGGAGUUGUCACGAUCAGAUCGAAUCACAUGUACAAUGACGGCCGACUGCACUCGGUGUUUAUGAGCCGCAAAGGCAAGAUUGUUCAAUUACGAGUCGAUGAUAAGGAAGUGGGCGAGAAGCAAGUGCUCGACGACGAAUCGCCUAUAGGCUCUGCAACCAGUCAGAUGUUUAUUGGAGGAUUUGCUGAACGAUCGAAGCCGCCAAACAACGAAAUACCAACUACCGUGCCGCUUAUCGGUUGUGUUUCCGACAUGUAUCACAAUUAUAAGAAGGUGCCCAUCGUGCCUGAAGAACAUAGCGCUGAUAUUGGUAGCUGUGCCAUCGAAUCGAAAAAUUUCGCCACUCCAAUCGAUACAGAGAAGUCAUCUGUUCCAGUAGCUGUCAAACCUUCAAAGGAGGCGGUGCAAACGGUAACGACAUGUGGCGGUGGGUUCGCUUCGGCUGAACGUGACGGUAUGGGAGCUGUUCGGUUCGGCAUAUCGAGAACUUCCCACAGCCGCGUGAACUUUGAAGGAAAAUUGUAUCCGAACAUAUCGGACUUCCAAAUAUCCUUCUCGAUGCGUACAGAACAGCCAACUGGAAUGAUAUGGGUGUGGGCGAACUACAAGAACUAUACACGAUAUUUCUAUUUUAACAUCAUCGAUGGCUAUCCUACUAUCGAGGUAAAAGGCAGACAUCCUGAACCGAAAAUCUUGAAGAACGAGGAUCGCAGACUGGAUGAUGGACACUGGCACGACAUCGUCAUUAUCAAAAAAGGGCGAGAGCUUUUGUUGAUGGUGGACGAAUUGCUACCAGUUUCCAUAAAAGACUGUCCAACGCCAAAGGUGAUGCGACGUCGUAUGUACAUCGGAGGUGUCAUAUCCAAACAUCGCUCGGCUUUCGGACCUCAAACACCUGGCUUCGACGGUUGCAUUCGCGAUCUGAAGGUUAACGAUGUUUUACAAAGUCUCGAAGGUGGCUCUUCACGUGAUGUUAUUCCUUGCGCUCAGCCUACUAAAGGAAUGUAUGCUCACGAGGGUGGAUUUGCUGUGUUCGAUGGUCUCCAAAAGUCCAUCAAGGAUGGCUCCCGUAACAUCGACAUAAGGCUGAGCUUCCGACCAAUUGUUGAUGAAGGCACUGUACUUGCAUUGCUGACCAACAGUAAUCCAGAGGCAGCACGAUUAACUAUAGAAAUCAAACAGGAUAAGGUCAUGGUUUCCGUAAUCCAUGAAGAAAGUGAUCUGGAAAUUCUCGAUGCGAUACCCGUGCUCCGACCAUUCUGCGACGGUGGAUGGCAUUCUCUUCACCUGUUUGUUGGCGACAACAUGAUGCAGAUCACGAUAGACGACGUAACACCGGUAGCGGAAAAGUUGUCGAUGACAUCACUGACGGGCUGUUAUCGUCAACUGAGAUUUGCUGGACAUCCGAAGUACUUUGAGAAAGCUUUGAAGCAAAACAAGGUCGCCUUGGAUAGUUGUCCAUUCCGUUGA